GCCCAUCAAAUUCAAUUUCCUCGACUUGCUAAAAUGGCUCGCGAUUAUUUAGCUAUUCCUGCUACUUCUGUAUCAUCUGAGCGACUUUUUUCUUCUGGAGGAAUUAUGAUUUCUGAUAAAAGAUUUAAUCUAGCACCGAAAACAAUUAGGACUAGUCAAUGUUUAAAAUCAUGGACUCAGGGUCCUUUAAAAGAUAAAUUAGGCAUUUAA